CAAAAAUAAUUUGUCCACAUAUAAAUUUCAACAAACAUGGGGUACUUGAGAUCUUCUUUUGUUUUCUCCCUUCUUGCUUUUGUGACUUUCACUUGUGCUGCCACUAUAGAAGUACGCAACAACUGUCCAUACACCGUCUGGGCGGCAUCGACCCCGAUAGGCGGUGGGCGACGUCUCGAUCGAGGCCAAACGUGGGUCAUUGAUGCGCCUAGGGGCACUACGAUGGCACGUAUAUGGGGUCGUACUGGAUGUAACUUCGAUGGUGCUGGUAGAGGUUCGUGCAUGACUGGUGAUUGUGGUGGUGUCCUGCAGUGCACCGGGUGGGGCAAACCGCCAAACACCCUAGCCGAGUACGCCUUGGACCAGUUCAGCAACUUAGAUUUUUGGGACAUUUCUUUAGUUGAUGGAUUUAAUAUACCGAUGACUUUCGCCCCGACUAAUCCAAGUGGAGAGAAAUGCCACGCAAUUCAAUGCACGGCUAAUAUAAAUGGUGAAUGCCCUAGUCAACUUAAAGUACCUGGAGGAUGUAACAAUCCUUGUACCACGUUUGGAGGACAACAAUAUUGUUGCACCCAAGGUCCAUGUGGUCCUACAGAGUUGUCCAAAUUUUUCAAGAAAAGAUGUCCUGAUGCUUAUAGCUACCCACAAGAUGAUCCUACUAGCACAUUUACUUGUCCUAGUGGUAGUACAAACUAUAGGGUUGUCUUUUGUCCUAAUGGUGUUGCUGAUCCAAAUUUCCCCUUGGAGAUGCCUGCAAGUACUGAUGAAGUGGCCAAGUAAAUUUGAGUCUCUUUCUUCAAAAUUACUUCAAAUGAUCGAGUGAUCUUUGGUGUAAUGAAAAAUCUUAAUAGCCCAGUUAGUUAACUAUUUGAACUUUUACUUUAUUGGUGAGAGUUUGUAAUAGACUUAAAGACCUAAAUAAGAGCUACAUCCCACGUGUACUUUACUUGAUGUAUAAA